AGCACCGUGAUCUACACAUCUUACAGACUUAUACCCUCAGAUCUUUGAAGAUGGAGAAGAUAGUAAAGUUUGCUCACCGUUUGUUAAUGGAACAGCAGUGGAUGUAUUUAAUUGCAUUCAUUUCCAGAUUAGUCCUUGUGUUAUAUGGAGUUUACCAAGACCAUAUAAUGGUGGUGAAAUACACUGAUAUCGAUUACCAUGUUUUCACUGAUGCUGCUCAAUAUGUCACUCAGGGAUUUUCACCUUACCAGAGAGCAACAUAUCGUUAUACCCCAUUACUUGCCUGGAUCCUAACGCCAAACAUCUACAUUUCAGAACUAUUUGGGAAGGUGUUAUUUGUGUUGUGCGAUGUUGUUGCUGCUUACCUGAUCCACAAAAUCUUGAGACUGCAAGGAUUAGACAACUACUCUGCAAAAAAAUAUAGUGCUUUCUGGCUUUUUAACCCUUUACCAAUGACUGUAUCCAGCAGAGGAAAUGCAGAAUCUGUUUUGGCUGUGCUGGUCCUGGCAGCAUUGUAUUAUCUACUAAAGCGCAAUCUUGUCAAAGCUGCACUCCUCUAUGGUUUCUCUGUGCACAUGAAGAUUUACCCAGUGGCUCUCCUUCUACAAACUCUACUGUUUCUUCAAGCACAGAAGACUACAAAAAAGGCAGAACAGGGACAGUUUUCAAUACUUAACUGCUUUGGAGUGGCAUGGAAGAGGCUUUAUAGGCUACUAAGUUGGGAAGUUUUUGUCUUUGGAGCCAUGAUGAGUCUAACAUUGUUUGUGCUAAACUGUGCUUUCUAUUAUAUGUAA